UCUUUCCCGCACCAAAAUUCCCAUUUCUCUGAGUCUCUGCAAAAACCCACCACCCUGUGCAAUGAUAAUCCCACCGGAUUCCAACUUUCAUUCCGGUUCACAAUCCCCAAUCUUUAUUCCUCCACAAUAUUCCAACAAUUUUACCUUUCAAAUUCCCUAUGAAUCCAACCCCACUAGCCCAAUUUGGUCUUUUCCUCAACCGGUGGUUCCCUCGGCAGUAGCCACCGCGGAUCCAGCCUGUCACCCGCCCGUCACCGACCCGUAUGAAAAUUCGGGCUUGUACCCGUGGACCCGUGUCGGAUUCCGAGGUCAGACGCCUUUUGGUGAAUACCCAAAUAUCCGUCCGCAGAACUGGGUUGCCAAGCAAGCUGAACCUGUUCGAUAUGAAGCUUCUUUCAAAUCUUUGAAUGAGAGUAUGUCUGUGCCUGCAACGGCCUCGAAUUCUCCGUGGAAUAGCAGUUGGACAAAUCAACCUUUGGCAAAUACUGCUACAAUGAACACUCCACAACCAACUGUGGUUGUCCAGUCCCUGCGGUGUGAUGUCUGUGAUAUCUAUUGUACUAGCAAACCAAUUUAUGAGACACACAUAGCGGGAAAGAAACACCAGAAGAAAGUCGCAAUGCAACAUAAUCCCGGUGUGACUGCUGGUGCAGAAUUGGAAACAAAGAGGCGUAACAUUUUGAGGGGCGGUUCAACAGUUGAUUCUGUGAGGGUUUGCACCAUAUGCAACGUUACUUGCAAUAGCGAAGAAGUUUAUAAUAAGCAUCUAUAUGGAAAAAGGCACAAGGCUCAGGCUAGCUUAAUGGCUCUAGUUGGCGGGCCAUAUAUUGCUGCAGUUGGAUCUCAGUUCAAUGAAAUAUGGAAGAAAGACCCAAAUAAAGUCAAGCUUGUUCAAUCUGCAUGGUGUGAAGUUUGCAAAAUCAAUUGUAACAGCAACGAUGCCUAUGUCACACACCUAGUUGGAAAGAAACAUAAGAAGAACUUGGAGCAACUGGGAAAGUCCAAGAAUGAUGGGAGUGUCUCUACCUCCAAUGCUCCAUCAGCAACAAAUGCCAUAAUUGGGCCAACGGAAAACCUAGGAGCUGAGUCAUCAAAGGCUUUCCGGCCACAGAUUCCAAAAGAAGACUUGGAGACAAAGAAGAAAAAGGUCAUAUCUGGAGGAGCAACAGCUAGUGCAGUCAGAACGUGUGCCGUGUGCAAUGUGGUGUGCAAUAGCCAGACAGUUUUUUGUUCUCAUCUUGCCGGUCAGAAGCACGCUGCUAUGGUUAAGAAACAAACAGAAGCUGAAGUAGCAACUAGAGGCCAUUGCACACAGUGGCGAGAUGAUAACUAAAAACUGUCUGGCUAUUGCAGACCACAUUGCACACGGUACACGUUUUGACCGCACUAGCUGUUGCUCCGCCAGAUAUGACAUUUUUCUUCUUUGUCUCCAAUUCUUCUUUUGGAACUUGCGGCUGGGAAACUUUGAUGACUCGGCUUCUGGGUUUUCCGUUGGCCCAAUUAUGGCAUUUGUUGCAGCUGAUGGAGCAUUGUAGACUAAAUAUUAUAAUACAAGUGGUUGGAUAAUUGAUUAUAAGACAUGAUAUAUCUGGUCGUGUUUUGGCACACUCGAUAAUUUCUCUUUUCUGUAUAUUAUCAUUAUUUAUGUGUUA